GAGCGCUUCUUCUGGGUGGAAUCCUCUACUCUUGGCAGUUCCCUCACUUCAAUGCCCUGAGCUGGGGCCUCCGUGAGGACUACUCCCGGGGAGGCUACUGCAUGAUGUCUGUCACCCACCCCGGGCUGUGCCGGCGCGUGGCACUGCGCCACUGCCUGGCCCUCAUCGUGCUGUCCACUGCCGCCCCUAUCCUGGACGUCACCACGUGGACCUUCCCUGUCAUCUCGCUCCCCAUCAACCUGUACAUUUCCUACCUCGGCUUCCGAUUCUACAGGGACGCGGACCGCAAGAGCUCACGGAGACUGUUCUUCUGCAGCCUGUGGCACCUGCCGCUGCUGCUGCUGCUUCUGCUUACCUGUAAGCAGCCAGGUGGGAAGGGGGGCGAGGGAGAGACUCUGAGCUGAAAGCAGUGUGGGAAGAAACAGAAACAAAACACACAGGAAGAUGCACAAAUCUUUUCCCUUUGCUGUUAGGCAAGAAUAUUUUGGUAAUUCUGGAGCACUGGUUUUAGUACCUGAUUAUGAAAGAAUUUGGUGCUCAGUCAUCACCUGUUUGUUUUUUUAUAUUAAUAUUCAAAAUGCUUCCCACAUAAGAAAUGGGUUAGCUCAGUCAAGACAAAGAAUAUUUUUCUUUUUGAGAGUCUUUAUGCAUCUUUCUCUCCAACCUCAUGCCCUAUUUUCUAGUCUCUCACAUGCGCGCAUCUUCUUUGCUGGGGCGUGCGCAUAGACACACACACACUCCCCACCUAGCCACACAAUGGCAGUUGGUGGUCAGACAGGUGAGCACUUGUAACCCGACCUCUGUAGUUCUGUAUCCUCAAGGCUAGGGCUCUCUCUCCAGGGCCACCUCAAAAGAAAUGCACACCCACAGUGGCUCCAGCACUCCCUCCCCAUGAAUGAGCCAGGGCUCUGUCCUGCUUUCUCUAUCCUACAUCUAUCCCCAACCACUUAGUCCUUCCACAGGCUAACUCAACACACAGGCUGCUGCACAUCAGGAGGGACGAUUCCAAACGGUUGCCACAGAUUUGCAGGCUGGACUGACAGCCCCUGCUCCCUCACCCCUGUUAUAUAUCAGGAUGUCACCAGGAUUUCAGGAGCCCCAGUGGGCUCUCAGUAUUAAUGGAUCCAGUCCUGGAAGUUUUGUGAAUUACUCUGUAGCCAGGUGUGGCCUCUGGUACCAAGCAUGGGCCCCUUGAAGUCGUCAGUCCUCCGUUUGCUCCCCCAGGUCCUCACUGAGCCCCAGGUACCUGAAGGUUUGAUGCUUAGCAGAAUGUUUGAAUUACUCAGUCUCCUGGGGUACAGCUGCCCUGGGAGGAUCCGUUCAGGGGCUCAGCCACUUAAACAGUUGUGAUAGAACUGUCUCAAAAAUGUCAAUGGCUGGGGGUAUAGCUCAGUGUCGAGAGCUUACUUAGCCAUGCUCAAGGCCCCAGGUUUGAUCUCAGGCACCACAAGAAAAGAAAAAGAAACGUCGAAAGUGAUUGCAAAUAGCAUCCAAUACCUGUUUCUGCCUACCUGAACUAUUACCUCUUGCUGUAUCCAGGUUAUUUACUGUGACCAACAUGGCAUAGGAAUGUCCGUGAAAACUACCUACAACUUACUGCAGUCCUUAUUUGUGAAGUGUGUUGAUUCUCCUACUGCAAUAAAACAGUGUGUAAGAACAGGACCAUGUUGAUGUGUUCUUUAAUCCUCCUGUGGCAAGUGUGCGAUGUUCCUGUACUCCUUCAUGAGCUAGCAGAGAGCUACGUGGCACGUGGUGUUUCUCUUUUUUUCUGUCUUUAGUUGUAAACUGACUAAUUAAUAGUUGUAUAUAUUUAUGGGGUACAAAGUGAUAAACAAUUUAUGAAUAGAGUGUGGAAUAAAUACGUUGAGCUAAUUACAUCCAUUAUCUCAAGUAAUCAUUUUCU